GUCUUUACAACACUUUCCGUCUGAACAGCGAAACAUGAAGUUUAUUUGCCUGGUGGCAGUUGGCGUUUUGCCUACCCUGAGGACAGCGGCGCAGCGGGCUCCGAAUGGCCCCGUCCCGUACAAAUUUCCAGAACGACGGGGAGCACUCGCUCCUCCUCCGCCUCGCUCGCUAUCGCUUCAAGCAGCAACUCCGUCACAGCCGGCACCUCUGACGGUUUUCCCCAGGACCGGUCACGCGCUACCAACUUAUUUCCCACAUGACGACUACGAACGAGCGAAACGUGAACUAACGGAAAAAGAAAUGAAAACAGAGAAGACUCCCCCUCCAUGCCAACCGACUGCUAUGCACGGGCAGCCAGUGGCAGGGUUGAACCAGAGAAGCAUCGAAAGCAGCACAGUCAUCCAUUCUGAAACUGGACCGUAUGGCUAUGUGACCGACGCCCCACCUGCGCGGACGAAGACAGUCAGCCUCAUUCCCCCGCCACCGAUAUUCCCAAAAAAAGAGGCUCCUCCACCGCUCCCAAAUGUCCGAACGCUUGGCGAAGUGAUGGGAGGAUUCCUAGAAAAAGCCGCAACCGUGCUUCCUCCUCACCACUGAGUACUUUACAUUUUCAGCCUUGCGUGCUCUACAUUUCUAAGCAGAUACUGAAACCGUGUACGGCUUGACCGACAUAGAUUCGAUCUCUUUGGGCGGCCGUAGUACUGCACGACUAUGUUUAUCCUCAGCAAAAACACCACCAGAACUGAAGCAGGAGUAUAGGAUGACAACGCGAAGACGAUAGAGUGGAUCCCCGCCUGCGUUCCGCUGGCUGUCUCCACGUUUAUUCGCUGCUGCCUCUGGCCACUUCAGUUUCAUGAGGUCCAUUUCCUGCACCGUCUGACACAGCAGCAGAGCGCAGUCUCUUUUCCUCUUAUCGCCUGAAUCAGAUCACUGACAACGUUGUAAGACAAUAUGCACCGUAGCCAGGCGCAUGCUGCUGUUCAGUGACAAACUGGCAAUGAUGGAUGAUAACAGUGUGGCUGCAAGGCAACAAUGCCGUCUACGGCUUCUCUCGCCGUACCCUUCACAGAACAUUUCCUUCGAAGACGCUAAACAUGCCGAAGAUUUCCAGCAAGAACGCAACGUUCUCCGUUCACAUCUGUGUCCAACGGCCUUCUAUGGAAGUCUCUCUUCACCGUCCGUGCAUCGCUGCGCCGCAUGCAACUCGGCGCGGAAUUGGCAACGUGUGCAUGUCCCUUGGGAUGGAAUAUCUCCCAGGCAGUUGCGCAAAUGCUCGGUGCACACGAGAUGAGAAACGAGCUAAUUUUAAUGACUAUUUUCGUUCCGUUUUCUCAGGGAUACUUGAAUAAUGUGCGCGAACUCCUCACAGGCUUCUCUUUCACACUGCGAGGAGGUCGGCGCUCGUAGCGGUUUCCCAACCCGUAGAGUCUCGGACUGAUCGUGCAAAAUCGCUUGUUGAAUUAUUUUAUUUAGCGGAACGUAGUGUGCGCAUUUCGGUUGUUGGAGCGUGGCUC